AAGAGAGAGAGAAAAAAAAGAAAGAGACAAGAACUUACAUGGCAAACCAGAAAAUUUAAAUAAAGAUCAGAAGAAUUCCAGUGAACGAGUAGGGUUAGCUAUGAGGAGGGCAUAUCGGCUAACUUAUUCUUAGUUCUUGUGCACGAUGAGCAUUGACGUGCAGUCUUUGAGCUGGUGCGCUUCGAUACAUUCGCCGCUAGUUUCUCGAAUUGAGCAAUAGAUUAUAUUUAAAAAUUAUCUUCCUAAAGUUCCAAUUUAAUCGGUGUUAAAUUGAGCAUCAUGAGUUUAUAUUGAUUGAUUGGCAAACGAUACUCGAGUUUCAAUUUUGACGUGCAAAAAAUCACAGGAGGACAGUUUAACGAGAAGAGAAAUAUACAAAACAACGAAAGAGCUCUUUUCUCGAGUGAAAAAAAAAUUAUUGUAAUCCGCCUAUCGUUACCCUAUAUUUCAUCAUUCGCGUAUCAUAUCGUAUCAAAUCAUCGUGUUGAUCGCAAAGAAUUCGAAAAUCAAAUUCAAAAUUAUGAGACAAAUUUCUUUUGCAACGGAAACCACAAUUACCACCGAUACGAACCAAGUAAAAAAUUUAUAUGAUAGAGCGGAGGGAAAGAAGUGCAACGAAUAAGACGAACGAAUAAUUAAUAUAAACCGUAUAAAUAAAGACUUGAAUCGUUUUCUCCUCGUGUUGAUAACGAGGCGAACGAUGAUAAUAAUAAUAAUAAUAAUAAAAGGGGAUCGAGGGAAAUAAAUUUCAAAUGUUGCGAGAUCGUUUACAAAAAUACGUGCUUACGAAACAUUUCUGUUAUUACGAAAUUUAAAGAAGAACAAUCGAACGAGAGAACAACCGAGAGAAAGGAGGGGGGGGAAAAAAAAACCUAGAAAAGAGACGAAGAAGAAAUAUCUGGAUCCCGAAUUGCAAAAUGUUCAUGGAAGAAAUAUGGAAGAAGCAGAAAAAGAUACUUGUGUAUUCUCGAUUUCGAAAUUGAAUAAUGCAUAAUUCUUCUUUCUCCCGUAGCAGCCUCUCCCUACGAUUUCAUUCAUCAUCUUUCGGGUGGAAUCAAAUUCAAGUUUUUCAAGUCGGAAUCGAUUUCGAACUGUUUCGAAACCCGUUCGAACCGGUUCGAUCUCGUCCGCUCGAAACUAUACUUGUUUCCCGCGCAAUUUCGAGACCGUUCGAGAAGAGGAUUUGAGAAGACAAGGAAACGACCGCGUUUGUUUUCUCUCCCCCUAGUUCUUGUUCCCAGCGCGGAACAAGAGAGAAGCUAUCUCUCGUCUCAUCUCGUCUCGGAUAUUAUAGUCGUAUUACAAUUAAAAGUCAGCAGCGAUGAGUCAGAGGAGCGUGAUGCUAGGCCUGCCAGAGGUUGACUCGAUAGAUAUCGAGUUCAACGACAUCGUCUACGAAGUUCACGGCGGUCUGUUGCGAAAGGAACGGAAAGAAAUAUUGAAAAGGAUCAACGGGCGAUUCAGGUACGGCCAAUUGUCGGCCAUAAUGGGCCCGUCCGGGGCCGGCAAGUCGAGCUUGUUGAACGCUUUGACGGGUUUCAAGAGGUGUUGCACGGGCGAGAUCAGAUACGUGGAGAACGGGAACAAACAGGCUCGGAAGGAGUACGAGAAGCAAUGCUGUUACAUCCAACAGGACGAUCAAUUUUAUCCCCUGUUCACCGUGUGGGAAACGAUGUGGAUGGCGAGCAACCUGAAAAUCGGCAGGAAUCUGAACAAAAAGCUCAAGGAGAUGCUGAUCGAGGAGAUACUGCAAGAUCUUGAUCUGGGCAAAUCGAAGCAUACGAGGUGCGGGAGAUUGAGCGGCGGGCAAAAGAAGAGGCUGAGCAUCGCGUUGGAGCUGAUCGACAAUCCGCCCAUCAUGUUCCUCGACGAGCCGACAACCGGCCUCGACUCCCAGUCCUGCACCCAAUGCAUCAGACUGUUGCGAAACCUGGCCAAAACCGGGAGGACCAUCGUUUGCACCAUCCACCAGCCAAGCGCGGUCAUCUACGAGAUGUUCGACUACGUCUACCUCUUGGCGGACGGUAGAUGCAUGUACAAGGGUGCAACGAGGGACACGAUCCCCUAUUUCGCAAGCGUUGGCCUCCAUUGCCCGAAAUAUCACAAUCCGGCCGAUUUCAUGAUCGAGGUGUUGAACAACGAGUACGGGAAUUUCACGGAUCAAUUGGUCGCGUUGGCAGAGAGAAACGGCAACAAGUAUUGGAAAGGAAAUGGGGAUGCGCCGAUUUCCAGGAAGGAGGACGACGAGUGUCGAGGAAAAAGGAUGAAGAAACUCGUGUUCAUCCGCCAACCCUCCGAAUACGAGAAACUGUUCGUCCUGAUGAAUCGUUACACGAUCCAUUUGUUCAGGGAUUGGACCAACAUUUACCUGAAAUUGGGCCUACACUUCUUGAUAGGCAUACUUCUCGGCCUGCUGUACUUGGGCGCCGGCCAGGACGGGAGCAGAAGCAUCAACAACGUCGGCCUGUUGCAGGUCGUCCUUAUUUACCUGUGCUACACGAGCAUGAUGCCCGCCGUGCUCCUCUUCCCCUCGGAGAUGCCCGUGUUGAAGAAGGAACGGUUCAACAAUUGGUACAAGUUGAAGACGUAUUACGUCGCCUCGUUCAUAUGCAGCAUACCCAUACAAAUAAUAUUCUCCGUCGUUUACGUUUUGCCCAUCUACUUUAUAAGCCGUCAACCGCUCGACACGGCCCGAUUUCUCAUGUUCUUGCUACCGCCAUUCUGAUCACCCUUAUAUCGGAGAGCAUAGGGCUGGUGAUAGGCUCGAUGCUUAACCCCGUGAACGGGACGUUCCUCGGCGCCAUCCUAGCGUGCAGCAUGCUUGCCUUCUCCGGAUUCAUGAUCCUUUUUAACCACAUGCCACGCUUCAUGUACUACAUCAGUUACGUAAGCUAUAUCAAGUAUUCCCUGCACGCCCUCGUUCUCGCCAUGUACGACUACAAUCGGGAGAAACUGUUCUGCCCUGUCGUCUAUUGCCACUACAGCACGCCCACCAAAAUAUUGUCGGAAUUGUCGAUGACCGAUCGCAAUUUUUGGAUCGAUAUCGCCAUCUUGGUCUUCAGUUACGUGAUAUUCAAGAUAGCCGGUUAUUGCACAUUGAAAAGAACACUUACCAUAUAGAGUAAACCUAAAUCUUCUUCUCCUUCUUCUUUUUUUUCUAAUUUUUCCAAUCACGAUCUCAGUUCAAUCAAUAGACGAUCGAUAAAUAAUACUGGCUGUGCACCGUGUUGAUCGAUAUCGAAAAUAUUUAGAAUUUAAUUCCUCUGAAAAGCAUCCGUUUCUUUGCUCUUCGAGCAUCCGGCCGAUUCGCGACGAUAAAAGAGGAUGAAAGAAUCGAGGUUGUGAUGAAACAAUAUGAGCGAGCAGAUAUGAAUAAUUAGUACGCAUAUUAUUAAACGUAUUAUAAAAAUUAAUGUGGUAAGCGAUUGUAUAACCCGGUUACCAAUUAAUAUUUAUAUCAUUCGUAUUUUUUUCCACUUAUUAUAUAUUGCAUCUUUUAAUUUUCUUUUUUAUCUAUUUGUAAUAAAUCUACGAUGUAAUGAAAUCGAUACAAAUGAUUUUGAAAAAAAAAAGAAAAAAAACGAGAACAAGCAAUAAAGAAAUAUCUAAUUCGAUGAAAUCAUUUCCGCUUCUUAAGAAUAAUCCAUCUUCGAGAAUUUUGCGUGUUUUGUUCUCGAUUUCGAUGAUAAUAAAAAAAAAAAAAAAAAAAGAAAGAAAGAAAAAUCAUUGAAACGCAUUCCUGUUGGAAACUUCUGUUCAAAAUUUGUAUUACAAAGUUGUGCAGGUCGACGACAUUAUAUAUAUAUAUAUAUAUAUAAAAUUUUACAAGAUGGAUAAUACGAUUAAAAUUGAUCAAAAUAUAAUAUCUAUCGUACGCUGCACCUAUCCGAUUAUAAUUAUUAAAAUUAUAAUUGAACGUAUCUAAAUAUAUCUACACUAUGUAUACGCGUUUCUUUGAAUUUCAUUGCCUCUCAAUAAUUGAUUUAUCAAAAGUUUGAAACGAGACGUAUCUAUGUAAGAAAGGAAUAAAACGAUAACGAGUAGCAAGAUAUAAUAAUUGUGUCGCAUAUAAUAAUACUGGGAGUGUAUGUAUAAAUGUACAAACGGAAGCUCGAGUGAGAAAGAAGAAAAAAAAGUAUGUUUGGCAAGUAAAUGGAAAAACAA